GAGUCAGGAUAAAGAGUUUUAUUCCGAAUAGUGUGUGGUCUAAACGCUGAGCUGUCGAGAUGGCUGACAACAGAGAUAAAGCUACCGACCAAAUGAAGACAUGGAAGGCGAAUAGGGGCUCUCAGAAACCAGAUGUGCUGACCACAGGCGGUGGCCAUCCAGUGGGAGACAAAUUGAACUUGCAGACUGCAGGGCCAAGAGGGCCGCUGCUGGUUCAAGAUGUUGUCUUCACAGAUGAGAUGGCCCACUUUGACCGUGAGCGAAUCCCAGAGAGAGUGGUCCAUGCCAAAGGGGCAGGGGCAUUUGGCUACUUUGAGGUCACUCAUGACAUCACUCGCUACUGCAAAGCCAAAGUGUUUGAGCAUGUUGGCAAGACUACACCAAUUGCUGUCCGCUUCUCCACUGUGGCUGGAGAGGCUGGGUCUGCAGACACUGUGCGUGACCCUCGAGGUUUUGCAGUCAAGUUUUACACUGAAGAUGGCAACUGGGACCUGACGGGCAACAAUACCCCAAUUUUCUUCAUCAGGGAUGCCAUGCUGUUCCCAUCCUUCGUCCAUUCCCAGAAGCGCAAUCCCCAAACCCACAUGAAAGACCCUGACAUGGUGUGGGACUUCUGGAGUUUGAGGCCCGAGAGUCUGCAUCAGGUGUCUUUCUUGUUCAGCGAUCGAGGUUUGCCUGAUGGCCACCGUCACAUGAAUGGCUACGGCUCUCACACCUUCAAACUGGUCAAUGCCGAUGGUGAACGUGUCUACUGCAAAUUCCACUAUAAGACGGAUCAAGGAAUAAAGAAUUUGACGGUGGAAGAGGCAGACCGCCUGGCAGCCACCAACCCAGAUUAUGGAAUUGCAGACCUGUUCAAUGCUAUUGCUAAUGGAAACUACCCAUCCUGGACCUUUUACAUCCAGGUCAUGACCUUUGAGCAGGCUGAGAAGUUCCGGUUCAACCCGUUUGAUCUUACAAAGGUUUGGUCACAUAAAGAAUACCCACUGAUCCCUGUGGGCAAACUGGUUCUGAACAGGAACCCAGUCAACUACUUUGCAGAGGUGGAGCAGGCGGCCUUUGACCCAAGCAACAUGCCACCAGGCAUCGAGCCCAGCCCUGACAAGAUGCUGCAGGGUCGCCUCUUCUCCUACCCAGACACGCAUCGUCACCGGCUGGGAGCAAACUACCUGCAGAUCCCUGUCAACUGCCCCUUCAGGGCUCGUGUGGCCAACUACCAGCGUGAUGGUCCGAUGUGCAUGCAUGACAACCAAGGUGGCGCUCCAAACUACUACCCUAACAGCUUCAGUGCCCCAGAGACUCAGCCUCAGUUUAUGGAGUCCAAGUUCCAAGUGUCUGCAGAUGUUGCUCGUUACAACAGCUCAGAUGAAGACAAUGUCACACAGGUUCGCACCUUCUACACUCAGGUCCUGAAUGAGGAGGAGCGACAGAGACUUUGCCAGAACUUGGCAGGGUUUCUAAAAGGAGCCCAGCUCUUCAUCCAGAAACGCAUGGUCGAGAAUUUGAAGGCUGUGCAUCCAGACUAUGGAAACAGAGUUGAGACUCUUCUCAAGAAGUACAAUGCAGAGGCCAAGAAGGAUGCCACUUUGCACGUUUACAGCCGUCCUGGAGCCUCAGCCAUCACCGCCUCAUCUAAGAUGUGAUGCCUUAAAUUUCAAAAGAUGCACCUGUGUGAUAACUGUUAACUAAAAUGGACCAUUAUUCGAGCCAUCAGAAAAGGUUCAGAAUACUAGCAGUCUAGUUUUUAAAUGUUUUGGCUAAUUGGUUUUUAAUUUAGUUUUUCCAAGCAGUUUAUUUCUAAUAAUUCUCAGCAGCACUUGCAUUUUUCUUGUUAUCUACAACAUAACAAGGUUGAGAUAAAGUCGCCAUGAUUCUACUGCAGUGUUUUUGAGCUUUGAAUAGUUAUUGUUAGAUCAAUCAAGUUUAAUAUGCAUUUAAGAGCAUUUUAUUCCAUUUAAUUUUGAUUUGAUUGCAUUAAGUUCAUUUACUAAACCAGUCUUAGCUAAUUCCUCAGAGUGUGUAUACUACUAAACUACAAUGCUUGAAAAUUUAAAAAGCAUUGUAACUUUAAAAGAAAUCUGUUCACUUGUUAAAAAUUAUGUUUGGUAUCUGCUUUAAUGUCAAAUCUCGGUUUAAGCUGGUAAAACAUCUGGAGUUUUUAUGAACCACAGGUUUGCUGCUGCUUUAUUUCCCAGAAUGAGCAAUGAUCUGUUGUGGUUACUAGUAGGGCUGUGCGAUAUGACCAAAAUCUCAUAUUCCGAUAUAAGACAUUUAUCGUCCUGAUAACGAUAUAAAUCACAAACUAUACAUUUUUAGACAUAAGUUUUAACGGCCACCAUUUUCUUUCAUAGUUUGAGUCUAAGGUUUAUUUUUUUAGCGCUUGACGGCUCUUUUUUUGCUUCUCAUCCAUAAACUAUCUGCAGACUCUUUCCCGUGAUUCAGUUUAUUUUGAAAAGUCUCAACAGGAUGUUGAGCUUUAUUGUGAAAGGUUUGUGUGGAAAACAAACAAGCGGACAGCGGAGCCACGCGAUGGUUUUACCGUCAUUGUUGCUAACGACAACACAUAAAAGCAGGUGCUUGUCUUGUCCGUCCGUAGUGUGGUUAUAUUAAAUAUAAGAGAAAGAGAGAACUUUAAGAAAUGGUUAUAUCUACUACAGU